CAGGGGAGACAAGCAACGCCCAGACUGUAUUUUUACUGAAAAUUAAUUUCGUUUAACUUUAGCUAACAGUAAUUCUCAAUAUGUAUUUCUUCUGCAAUGUUCCUAGAGUUAGCAUGUAAAGAUGAAAAUGUAAAGGAUAUACAAUGCCCCCCCUCCCUAUGGAAUGGAAUUGUCUUGAAGUUAAUGAAGUUGCUCAGAAUCCCCUUUGCUUACAGUGACAGCCUGCAGGAAUAAAGCAAUGCCAGAUAAGAUGUUGGCGGCACAUUUUGAUGCUCCGGGAGGGCCAGAUAACCUCUAUGUUAAAGAAGUGAGCAGACCUGUCCCAAAGGAGGGUGAGGUUCUAGUACAAGUCCACGCAAGUGCACUGAACAGGGCAGAUUUACUACAGACAAGGGGAUAUUAUCCCCCACCCCCAGGAGCCAGUCAGAUUAUAGGUCUGGAAGCAUCGGGUAAAGUGGUGGCACUCGGUCCAGGUGCUGACGGAUGUUGGAAGAUUGGAGAUCGAGUGAUGGCUUUGUUGGCUGGGGGAGGAAAUGCCCAAUAUGUCGCAGUAGCCUCCAGUCAGCUUAUGCCAAUCCCUCCUGGUAUGACAGAUACCAAUGCUGCUGCCAUCCCUGAAGCCUGGCUCACCGCUUACCAACUCUUGCAUUUUGUGGGGAAGGUCCAGAAAGGUGAGACAGUGUUGAUCCACGCAGGAGCUAGUGGCGUUGGCACUGCUGCCAUCCAGCUGUGCCGUUUUGCUGGAGUUGUACCCAUUGUGACGGCUGGUUCGGCUGAAAAACUUGAGUUUGCCAAGAAACUUGGAGCUGCUUCUGGAUUCAACUACAGAGAGGAGGACUUUGGCACUAAAUGUCUGGAGGCCACAAACAAUGUUGGUGUUGAUAUUAUAUUAGACUGUGUGGGGGCGACACACUGGGAAAAGAAUCUACAGUGCCUGAACACUGACGGCCGCUGGGUUGUCUAUGGGUUGAUGGGUUCUGGUGAGAUCCAUGGAGAUUUCCUGACCACGUUACUGAGGAAAAGAGGAAACCUUCUGGCCAGUACACUGAGAUCCCGCUCAAGCAAGUACAAGGCAGAGCUGGUGAAGGCUUUUACGGAAGAAGUUCUCCCUAACUUUACAGCUGGCCAUUCUAUCCAGCUGCAGCCAAUAGUAGACAGCGUGUUCCCCUUCGAUCAGAUUGCUGAUGCACACCGCCGCAUGGAAGCCAACAAGAACAUGGGGAAAAUCAUUCUUCAGAUCCCCGUGUGACACCAGGAGGGAAAUAUGUAUAAUAAUCCACAUUGUAUACAAUUGUCUAUGUGAAGAAGUGUGACACUUCCAUUGUCUUGUAUGUGUUUAAACUGUAAUGUAAUGUUUGUAUAAUUGACAUGAACAUGUGAUAUAGUCUUUUGAUAUGAGCUUCUGCUCAUUUACUAAACUCUGGCGCAACUGCUUUGCAAAGUGCACAGUCUAUUUGCCUUUAGUAAAUC